CUGGGGAGAGUGGAAAAAGCACGUUCAUUAAGCAAAUGCGUAUAAUUCAUGGCUCAGGCUACUCUGAAGAGGACAAAAAAGGCUUCACCAAGCUGGUGUACCAAAACAUCUUCACUGCCAUGCAGUCGAUGAUCAGGGCCAUGGAAACCCUGAAGAUUCUGUACAAAUAUGAACAGAACAAGGCCAAUGCAGUGCUGAUCCGGGAAGUGGAUGUAGAAAAGGUCAUGACAUUUGAGCAGCCGUAUGUAAGUGCCAUUAAAACAUUGUGGAACGACCCUGGAAUACAAGAAUGUUAUGACAGAAGAAGAGAAUAUCAGCUUUCUGACUCAGCUAAAUACUAUCUGAGUGACGUGGAUCGUAUUGCUACCCCCGGAUAUCUACCAACUCAGCAAGAUGUGCUACGGGUUAGAGUUCCUACAACCGGUAUCAUAGAGUACCCCUUUGACCUAGAGAAUAUUAUCUUCAGAAUGGUGGAUGUUGGAGGUCAAAGAUCAGAACGGAGGAAGUGGAUCCAUUGCUUUGAAAAUGUGACUUCCAUCAUGUUUUUAGUAGCACUUAGUGAAUAUGACCAGGUUCUGGUGGAAUCUGAUAACGAGAAUCGGAUGGAAGAGAGUAAAGCUCUCUUUCGAACCAUUAUCACUUAUCCAUGGUUCCAAAACUCUUCUGUUAUCCUCUUUCUCAACAAGAAAGAUCUGUUGGAAGACAAGAUUCUAUAUUCCCACCUUGUUGACUAUUUCCCAGAGUUCGAUGGCCCACAGAGGGAUGCACAGGCAGCCCGUGAGUUCAUUCUCAAGAUGUUCGUGGAUUUAAAUCCUGACAGCGAUAAAAUCAUCUAUUCUCACUUCACAUGUGCCACAGACACAGAAAACAUCCGUUUCGUCUUUGCAGCUGUCAAGGACACCAUCCUACAGCUCAACCUGAAGGAGUACAACCUGGUUUGACCUGCUCCGCUCUUGGCCCCUUGAGAGGCUUCAUUGUGAAGAAAAGACAAAAAAAAAAGAAAUUUUAAA